GAAACCAGACGAAUGGAUUCUCUGAAAAAUUCUACUUAAUAGUAAUAGAGUAUACUCAAAACCGUUCAUUACUACAUAUGUGGCAUUUACACUUGAAGUCUAUUCCUGUCUCAGUAGAUGAAAGGGUAGAUUCAAAUAUACCUGAAGCAGCAACGCAGACAGAAGAGUUGUAUUCUUCACCGGAUCCAGAGAAGAUCCAGUCACCUUUCACGCAAAAGUAUCAGGCUUGUAGAGCAAACCUUCAGAGCACCAGCUGGCUUACUCUGUCUUCCAGAAUGGUGUAUAGUCAAGAGCUGGAUUUGCCAGAAGGAGUAGAGAUAAUAAGUGUAAAGCCAUCAGCAGGGCAUCUGAGUUCUUCUUCCAUUUAUCCUGUUUGUCGUGCACCGUAUCUGCUGGCAACUUCGUGCUCUGAUGGAAAGGUUCGAUUCUGGAGAUGCAGAGUUACCACUGAAUCAUCAGCUGCUUCCAUGCCAGAAUGCAGUGCACCUAGUGAUGUGAUAUAUAUUUGGGAAGAAUGGCCAUUGCUGAUUGAGGACGGACUUCUUAACAGUAGUGCUAUUAAUGUUCCAGGAAGGCCAGCUGAAGUUAGCUGCGCACACACAAACAGAUUAGCAGUAGCAUACAAGCAGGUAACAUCUAAAAAUAGUCAUUUUGAGAAAGAUCUUGUAAUGCAUGUUAGUAUUUUUGAAUGUGAAUCUACAGGGGGUUCUUCUUGGAUUUUAGAGCAGACUCUUCACUUAGAUGAGAUAGGCACCAUGUUAGACUCCGGUGUUAGUAUUGAUAGUAAUUUAGUGGCAUACAACCGGCAAGACAUUUCUCCGUCGCAUGAUGGGAAUACUAUGCCCAGCGCUAGGCACUUGGUACACUUAGACUGGAUGUCUAGGGAAGAUGGCUCACAUAUUCUGACAGUGGGAAUUGGAUCAAAACUUUAUAUGUUUGGUCAGCUGUCUGGGAAAAUGCAAGAACAAAAUGGUAAGGAGAUUGUAGCCAUCUCCCAUAGUGGCAGUACGAAGGAUACAACUCUUUCUAGGUUUGUUCUGCUGCGUUGUGUUGACCUGGUGUCAUCUGUAGAGGGGUCACCUCCUUUUCCAGUCUCCUUGUCUUGGGUGCGUGAUGGCAUUCUUGUAGUUGGAAUGGAUUGUGAAAUGCAUGUCUACUCCCAGUGGCAGUCUCCUUCCAAGCAGGAUCUAGUUAGUACAGGUUCCUGCAGUGGAAGUACGCCAUGUAUAACUAGCUCUCUGAAACAAAGCCAGUCAGCUGCCUCAGGUCUGCAUCCACCGAAGCGAAGUUUGACCAGAUCGAUGACCAGCCUUGCGCAGAAACUUAGUGGGAAAAGAUCUGCCUGUGACCUGUCUACAGAAAUGGAAGAUUCUGGUCUUUUUGAAGCAGCUCAUACGUUAUCUCCCACUUUACCUCAGUACCAUCCAUAUCAACUGUUGGAACUCAUGGAUCUUGGUAAAGUACGUAGAGCAAAAGCUAUUCUGUCCCAUCUGGUGAAGUGCAUUGCUGGAGAAGUUGUUGCUGUAAAUGAAUCUGAACCUAAUCAUGAUAAGAGGCUCAGAUCUCUGACCAUCAGUGCUAGUGGAAGUACUGCAAGAGAUCCCAAAACAUUCAGCAAAACUGAGACUACAGACUACGUUGAAAUCGACUCUGUUCCACCAUUGCCUUUGUACGCUCUGCUUGCUGCGGACGACGAUUCAUCUCAUUCCUGUUCAGAGAAGUCUAAUAAUCAAAAGAGUCAAAAUAAAAAGGAUAUCCCCAGCGACAAUUAUGAAGAUCUCUUUCAAAAUACUGUUGUGAACACAGAUGAACUUGUUACGUUUGAUGCGGAGGAAGAAAGUCCAAAACCAGAAGUCAUCGAUCUUUCUCAGUAUAGCCCAACUUACUUUGGACCAGAGCAUGCUCACGUUCUUUCUCGUCACCUACUUCAUUCAAGCUUGCCAGGUCUGACUAGGAUGGAGCAAAUGUCACUGAUGGCCUUGGCAGAUACAAUUGCUACUACCAGUACUGACAUCGGAGAAAGCAGAGACCGAAAUCAAGGUGGAGAAACUCUUGAUGAGUGUGGUUUAAAAUUUUUAUUGGCUGUUCGCCUUCACACAUUUCUAACAACUUCACUUCCUCCUGUACAUCGAGCUCAGCUGCUUCACCAAGGCUUAUCUACUAGUCACUUUGCCUGGGCAUUUCAUUCAGUAGCAGAAGAAGAACUACUGAGCAUGCUCCCUGCACUUCAGAAAGGAGAUCCAACAUGGUCAGAACUCAGAGCUAUGGGCAUAGGAUGGUGGGUUCGAAAUAUCCAUAGCCUGCGGAAAUGCAUAGAAAAGGUGGCUAAAGCGGCCUUUCAGCGGAACAACGAUCCACUUGAUGCAGCCAUUUUUUACCUUGCCAUGAAAAAGAAGGCUGUGAUCUGGGGAUUAUACAGGUCCCAAAAGGACACUAAAAUGACACAGUUUUUUGGAAACAACUUUACUGAAGACAGAUGGCGUAAAGCAGCAUUAAAGAAUGCUUUUUCUUUGCUUGGCAAACAGCGUUUUGAACAUUCUGCAGCCUUUUUCUUGUUGGCAGGACACUUAAAAGAUGCAGUGGAGGUCUGCCUUGAAAAACUGAAUGACAUUCAGUUGGCUCUGGUAAUAUCAAGACUUUAUGAGUCGGAAUUUGAAGUAUCUAGUACUUAUAAAUCUGUACUACAGAAGAGAAUUUUGGGUAGUGUGCUCGCUGGAAAAGAGAGCUUAGGAAACGUGCACUGUGACCCUUUUCUGCGAAGUAUGGCUUACUGGAUUUUGGAAGAUUAUAGCAAGGCUCUUGACACUUUGAUUAAACAUUCUGUUGAAGAUGAAGGAGAUAAAGGAGAUGGCUCAUCGAGUUGUAACCCUGCAGUGUUUAACUUCUAUAACUACCUAAGAACGCAUCCUCUCUUGUUGAGACGUCAUUUUGGCUCUUCUGAUACAUCUUCCACACACAUUUGCUUAACAGUGGAAAAUGGGUUAGCUGACAAAAUCAACCUAGGCGAAAGACGGCUGUUUUUCACCACUGCAUAUGCUCAUCUAAAAGCUGGUUGUCCUAUGUUGGCCUUGGAGGUCUUAUCAAAGAUGCCCAAAGUUGUUAAGAAGUCAAAGUCAUUCCUUAGAUCCCCUAGUUUAAUGGAUACUAGUAAAGAUCUCUCACCAUCUUCUCCAGUCAGAGAGUUGGAAACAAAAGACCGAUCUUCCAGUGUUGAUUGGUCACAGCCAGUACUAAAUGGUCUAGGUUCAUCUUCAGAUUGUUCAUCAGGAAGACAUUCGAGCUCAACCCUUUCCUUUGACUGGAGCCAGCCAAGUGUGGUAUUCCAAGAUGAACCUUUGAAACUACAAUCAGACAGCGAUGAUAGUGAUCAGAGCGAAGAUUCUUCCCUGGUAAUGAAAGACCUACAACCUCUGAAGAAAACUGAGAAAUUCUAUGAAACAAGCUCUAGCUACACAGAAUCUUUUAGCAUAGUUGAUGGCAAAGAUACUCUGAGUCCAUCAGAAGAUAUAAUUUCAGCACAGCUGAAGUUCAGAGCAUGCCUGAAAAUUCUUACUGUAGAGCUUCGUACGCUGUCCACUGGUUAUGAGGUGGACGGUGGGAAGUUGAGAUACCAGCUUUAUCAGUGGCUUGAAAGAGAAGUGAUAGCUCUUCAAAAGACCUGUGAUUAUAAUGUCGAAGUAGAAGAUGUACAGUCAGGAAUUAGUGUGAUGCCAGAGGAAGCUGCACUACAUGAGAACGCUGAAGACUUAGCUGACCAGCAAAAAAACAUGCUGCAGAAAGAAGACUUUCAUAAAAGACGUCAGUGGCUUCUGAAAUACCAGUCUCUCUUAAGAAUGUUCCUUAGUUACUGUAUACUUCACGGCUCUCAUGGCGGAGGCUUGGCAUCUGUCAGAAUGGAAUUAAUUCUCCUAUUGCAGGAAUCUCAGCAGGAGCAGUCAGUACAGAUACCUUCCAGCCCUCUACCAGAGCAAAGCUCCGUACCUCUCCUAUUUGCUUGCACAGCUAGUGCCAAAACAGUGGUGGCUAAUCCGCUGCUACAUCUUGGUAACUUAACUCAUGAUAUAUUACAUGCCAUAAUAAACCUUGAUUCGCCACCUCAUCCAGAUGCUCAGAACAACAAGAUAUAUGUAAUGCAUACCUUAGCAGCGUCACUCUCUGCUUGCAUCUACCAGUGCCUUUGUGAUGGCCACAGCUACAGCUCCUUUCAAGCAAAUCAAUUCACUGGAACAGUGUAUCAGACAGUGCUGUUAACUCAGCGCCAUUCUCUAAGAACAGCAAGCCUAGAAGAAACAGUGACUCCCAAUACAUCACCUGCUCAGUGGCCAGGAAUAACAGCUCUUAUACGUCUCUUGAAUUCUGCUGGCGAGGAAGCCCAGCCAGGCCUCACAGUUUUACUGUGCGAAAUUCUAACUGCGGUCUAUCUGAGUCUGUUCAUCCAUGGCCUAGCAACACAUUCUAGCAGCGAGCUGUAUAGAAUUAUGGCUCAUCCACUUAACAGCAAAAUGUGGUCUGCUAUCUUUGGAGGAGGAGCUCAUACACCCAGCAGAGGACAACUGCAAUUAAAGACAAAAACUGGUAGGCACUUCCCAAUGCCUAGCCCACAUCAGGUAGUAGUGUUCUCCAUGGAAUGCGUGGGAUUUUCCAAAUCCCUUACCACCUUCAGUACUCAUAGUCCUACCAAAUCUUCAGAUGAUGGAGAGAAACAACAAAAACGUUACAGGCUUUCAUCAAAAACCUCUCCAAAAGAGAGUCCUCAGUUGCCUGGAUUGCCACUGGUAGACCAAGAAUCGCCAUCUUACAAAGAAAGAUUUAUUCCUCCUGAGCUUAGCAUCUGGGAUUAUUUCAUUGCAAAG